AUGGGAUAAACAUAAUCUCCAAAUUUAUAGCAAUCUAGAAUGUAAGUUCCUAAGAUUAAUCAACUACAAUUUUGGAAAUAGAUGAACGAUGUCAGAUAUGGAGAAAUUAAAGUUUAUAAAUUAAAUGAUGGACACACUGUUGCUGUGAAAGAUCACAUUUUAUAAGAUGAAGAAUAAUGGCUUAAAUUUAAACAAUCAGCAGAAUCGAACAUUGCUUCAAGAGAUAAGGAUUUAUUUUUAAUAUAAAUGAUUGAUUUAUAACAUGUCACAGAAAAAGAAUUAUGUACCUAGAUGACAUAAGCGCAUAGUGUAUAUGAAUAUUUCGAUGAAUAUUUGGAAAGAGUAAUAAAUGAAUAGAGUGCUACAAAAUAACAUUUUGAAGAAAUUGAAAUAGCUGCUAUGAUUCAUUGCACAGUAAAUUAAUUAUCAUAUAAAUUAAUAGUUAGUAGCAUUAUAAAAAUUAAAAAAACAAUAGAAAUCUCAUGGAGAUAUACGUCCCUUAACAAUAAGUGUAACAUCAUUUUCUAAAAAGAGUCCAUAUAGAUAAAAUGAACCUUUUCCAGUUUACAAACUGACUGAUAUAUAAGAAUUAACAGAUAUGAAUGCAUUUAGAAGAUGUGUAGCUAAAUAAUAAGCUUCUUAUAACUUAAGUCCAGAAUAAUUAUUAUUUCUAAAAUAAAGAGUGUUGAAACCUACAUAUGAUUUAGAUAAAUCUGAUGUAUUUAGUAUUGGAUUGACUGCAUUAUAAAUGGCUACUCUAAAUAGUAUAAAUAAUAUUUAUGAUAAUUCUAAAUAUCUUAUAAUUACAGAUCAAUUAGAUAAUUAUAUCAGAGAAAUGAAAACAUUAUAUAGUGAAUAAUUAUGUUCUAUAGUAUGUUAACUAUUACAAUUAGCUCCUGAAAAUAGACCAAACUCUUAAUAAGCAAAUGAAUUAUUAAUAGGUUUCAGAUUUUAAUUGGAAGAUUAUUUUAGAGUAACUUAUAUGAAUUAUAUUUAAGCAUUCAACUAUUUAAGAAUAUUUACCAAAUUAUUCUAUUGAUUUUAGGCCAUCUAAUUAAAUUUCUAAUUAAAUUUAAGUACCUUCAAAGAGUAAAAUAGUUGAUACAACUGAUAUUUAUGAAUAAAUGGAGAUUUUAGAAUAACGUGCGAAAGUAGCUUUAUAAAGAAGUUAAGAUGCUUAAGUUAGAUAUUCAAGAACACCAGGCAAAAAUGUUAAAUCAACUUAAUGGGAACCUACUAAAAGUUAUUAAAUGUAUAAUAAUCUUACUCCAAUUACAUAAAAAGAAUUACAAUUAUAAUUGAGUGAUUCAAAAUAAGAAAUUUAAUCAAACAAAUAAUCUUCUUAUUAUUAAAAUAAUAAUAUUGCUCCUCAAUAUUUAUAAAAAGAAGAAAAUUAAUAUUAAAAUCAUUAAGGAGAAGUAGAAUAUGAAUAUAAUUAAUAAGAAAUUGAUGAGAAACCUAUAUAAAGUAUAGUUGAACCAAUAGAAUUAGCUAAUUCUAACUAAAAAUUAUAUUCUUAAAGACCUAUUAAUAAUAAUAUUGCCUCAUUUUCUUAAUAAUAAUUAUUUGAAUCUAUCAAUACCGAUAAACCUAAUAAUUAAACUUAUAACUAUUAAUAGAAUUCUUAAUCUUCAAUAAAAUAAUAAUAUCAGUAAUAACAACAAUCAUAUUAAUAAUCAUCAAACUAUUAAUAACCUAGAUAAUCAUAAUUUCUAAGAGAUUAAUAAAUUUCCAAAUAAUUAACUGGUUAAUUUGAUAAAAAAUAAUCAGUAAAUGAUGAUGAUUAUUAUCCACAAUAAUCUUAAAUUGUUAGAACUCCUGAAUCAUAAAAUAUAUAUCCUUAAAUGUAAUAUUAAUAACAAUAGUAAAAUGAAUAUUAACCAUAAAGAUACAAUCGUUAGAUAACUGAAUCUAUUGAUUCAUAAUAAUCUGGUCAUAAUAGUAGAUAAUAAAUUUAAAUAGUACAAGACUAACCAUAAGCGAGAUAAUCAAAACCUAAUUUAUCAAGAUAACUAACAGGAUCAAUAGUUGAGACAAGAAAGUCGAUAAAAUAGUGA